GCGACAGCACCAACGAGCACAUGCACGCCUCAGUGCACGACGAUACGAUGCAACGAUUGCACGCUCUGAAAGAUUUAUAGAUAAAUGCAGUUCCCGGUGAAAAUAGAUAAAUGCCACUGCUCAUGUGUUUUCUACACAUUUCAAUAGACGCAACCGCAUUGACCGGACACGAGCGCUGACAGUUCCACGUCACGAUGGUACCCCGCGGGAUAAUCCUGUGCUUUUGUGUAUUCCUGGCUACAGCAUCCGCUGACAUCGGAGCUGGUAUGAAGCUUUUGGGGAAGAUGUACGAUAACUGCGAGCGGUCGCAGGAAAUCAUCAAGUGCUUCAAGAUCCAAGCGGUGAAACUAGUGGACCGGGCCGCAAGGAUGGAUACAUUGCCGAUAUUCGAUGGCGUUUCCUUAGCACGGAAUGCGGAACGAGGCAGAGCAUUCCCCUCUUCUGUUCCAGAAGGCGAUUUGAAUUCUUUGACUUCAGACGAGGUCGACAAACUCCUGAAUCUGGCGUCGUCUAAACUCAUGCAGACGCAUCGGGUCAUAUUCUCGCCGAAGAGCAUCGGGGUUGACAUCGGACGGGCGUUCAACGAAGCGAGGGGAAAGUUGAAGAAGAUGAUUGGUCCGAUACUGGCUGGUGUUGCGAUUAAAGGGACAUUCGUUGCCAUGGCGUUCCAAGCGAUUGCUCUGAUAGCUGGCAAAGCGUUGCUGAUUGGUAAGAUCGCGCUUCUGCUGUCUGCUAUUAUCGGAUUGAAGAAACUUGUAGCUGGAGGCGAGGCUCACGAAAAGACAACGUAUGAGAUCGUCAAGCAUCCUCAGGUAUCACAGAGUCAUACAUACUCCUCAUCACAUUAUGGGAACGACUUUGAUACGACCGGUCCUGGAGGUCAUUACAGGCGAAGCGUUGAAGAAGAAGCAGCGGCUCAAGAUAGAGCAUAUAGAGCCUAUGCCAAAACGCAGUGAAGAUACCCUAUAAGAAGAUUACUUACGACUCCCUUUACAAAAUAAGACAACGGCAUUUCCACUCGUUAUUACCUCCGAGGCCUUUUGGCUACUUUGCACUCGCAAGUAGGAGACAGUGUUUAUUUAAGUUUAUUUAAUUCGUACGGCACUUAAUUUAUUUUAUACAAGGUUUAACUUAAAUAAGUUUUGGAAUACGUUUGUUUAAUCAACAUAUUUAAUCGCAUGAACAAGUAAAUAAUCAGUGUAUCUAGUGAAUAAUUAUAGAUUUUAUUUAAUUUUAAUUUACGUCCGUUGAAUGGUAUAAAAUAAUCAGUUGCACCAAAUAUUGUUAAUGAAAUGUAAUAUUGUUAAAAAUAUGUAAUGUUCGUUUUAGAUUUAAUGAUACAAUUGUGUAACAUUUAUUAUUUGUUAAUAUUUAUUUUGUUAAGGAUUAGGUUAGUCGACGGGUACUGUGCAUUUUCCAUUCCUAUAAUUCCAAAUGUCCAAUUUUGUAAAAAUAGGUUAGGUUAUAGUUAUUAAGUAUUUAAUAAUAGUAAUAUAUCAUUCGUUACGAUAGAGUACAUAAAGUGCUUAGUAGGUUAAGUUUAAUAAUUUAUAUAUUUAUUUAUAUUAACCGGGUCCUAUUACAUUUAUUUAUUAUUAUAUUAUUUAUGUAAUAUUAUAAAAUUGUCAAUAAAUGACAAGGUGGUUACGCGAGUACCUUUUAUAUAAUUAUUUUUUUGUUUACGUAUAAUAAUUAUUUAAUUAAAUGAUGUAUUAUUAUGUUCAAUUAAUUAUUAUAAUGAUGUAUUUAGUGUUACUAUUAUUACAGUAUAAUUACACCUAUUCGAAUGUAUUUACAUACAGUAUAUAUUAUUUUAUGUAAUACAAUGUAUUAUAAAUAUCAAUAAUGUUCUUAAUAACAGAGAAGAUGGAGAAAUGAUAAAUAUUUUUAACCCG